AUCGUCACGGAAACGUCGCUCGCUCGCUCGCUCUCUCGCACGCUAGCUGCUGGACGCCUGACGGAGGAGACGCGGACGGACCGGACCGGACCCAACCGAACCGAACCGAACCCAGUCGGCCGGCGGCUUGUUUGCCGCUCUUGGUCAGAAUGAGCCGCUCGUCGCGUUUGACUUGAAUUGACGCCACCGCUGAGAGCACACUUUGGUGGACCGUUGAGGAUGGCGCUGCAGCUCCCCCUGGUGGUGACGGCACGCGUGGAUCUACUGCUGGUCCUGGUGGCGCUGCUUGCCUUCUGGACCAGGAUGCGCCACCUCGCGCACCCCAACGCUGUCGUGUUUGACGAGGUCUACUACGGACAGUUUGUGUCUCUCUACAUGAAGAGGCUUUUCUUCAUCGAUGACAGCGGACCUCCACUUGGUCACAUGAUCCUGGCCUUGGGGGCCUACUUGGGAGGAUUUGAUGGAAACUUCACGUGGAACCGAAUAGGAGCAGAGUAUCCGUGCGGCGUGAGCGUAUGGAGUCUGCGUGCUGUCCCGGCUGCGUGCGGCGCGUUGUGUGUUCCUCUUGGGUAUUGCGUGACUCUAGAGCUGGGUUUUGGUCACGUGUCGGCGUUGGGCGCGGCGCUGCUGCUGUUGCUCGACAAUUCUCUGAUCGUCCAAUCGCGGCUGAUGUUGCUGGAAUGCGUCCUGAUUUUCUUCAUCCUGUCAUCCUUCCUGGCAUACCUUCGUUUCCACCGUGCCGCCGGCAGCUGGCCCAUCAGAUACAGUUGGCUCCUCCUCUCCGGAACGUCCUGCGCUGCCACCAUCGGGGUGAAGUACAUGGGCGUGUUCUCCUACCUGCUGCUUUUGGUGGUGGCCUUUGUGCACUGCUGGAAGUUGAUUGGCAACACGCAAGUGAGCGGCGUGAGUGUGUUUGUUGAGUGUGUGUGUCGCGGCGUGUGUCUGCUGGUGCUUCCAGUGCUGCUCUAUGUCCUUUGCUUCUACGUGCACCUCACUCUUCUACACCGCAGUGGACCACACGACCAGCUGAUGACCCCCGCCUUCCAAGCCAGCCUCGAGGGCGGUCUGUCCCGGAUCACGGAAGGUCAACCUCUGGAGGUUGCGUAUGGCAGUCAGGUGACUUUGAGAAGCUCCACCUCACAACCAAUCCCAUGCUGGCUGCAUUCUCACAAAGCCAACUAUCCAAUCAGGUAUGAUAGUGGUCGCGGCAGCUCUCACCAGCAGCAGGUAACGUGUUACGCCUUCAAGGACGUCAACAAUUGGUGGAUCGUUAAAAGCGCUGCCAGGGCCGACCUGGCGGUGGGCCGUCCUCCUCGCGCGGUACGUCACGGCGACGUGGUCCAGCUGCUCCACGGAAUGACGUCGCGGUUGCUCAACAGCCACGACGUCGCGGCCCCCGUGAGCCCCCACGCUCAGGAAGUGUCGUGCUACAUCGAUUUCAACGUGUCCAUGCCCACGCAGAACCUUUGGAAAGUGGACAUCGUGAACCGCGAGGACGAUUCCGAGGUGUGGAAGACGAUCGUGUCGGAGGUUCGCUUGGUUCAUGUCAACACAUCGGCCGUCCUCAAGCUCAGCGGCUUGUCUCUUCCUGAUUGGGCGGCGGGUCAGAUGGAGGUGGUGGCCGAGAAGGUGAAAGGUCACGGCAGCGGCGCGACGUGGACGGUGGAGGAGCACCGAUACGGAACCAGUGAGGAGCAGAAGGACAGGGAGGCGGAGCUUCAGUCCCCCACAUACAUGGACGUGAGCCGCAAGAUUUCGUUGUGGUCCAAGUUUCUGGAGGUUCAGUGGCGGAUGUUGACGGUGAAGCAGGAAGACUCCGAGCACAAAUACAGCUCCGCCCCUUCGGAGUGGAUCACCAUGGAAACCAACAUCGCCUACUGGCUCCACCCCUCCACCAAUGCUCAGAUCCAUCUGAUUGGUAACCCGGUAUCAUGGGGCGUGGCCAACCUCAGCCUACUGGCCUAUCACAUCAUGGCAGCCAUCUACCUGCUGAGGAGGAGGCGGGGCAUCAAAGACUUGCCUGACGUGGCGUGGGAGCGUUUUGUGUCAGUGGGCGUGAUGUGUGUGGGCGGCUGGUUGUUGAAUUUCGUUCCGUUCGUGUUGAUGGACAAGCGUCUGUUCCUGUACCACUACCUGCCCGCUCUCGUCUUCCUGCACCUGCUCAGCGCCGCCCUGCUGGAGCACGUGCACACGCACGUGCUCAGCAAGGACACGCACCGUCGCGUGCUGCUGGCGUGCGCGUUUGUCACGUGGGUGUGCGUCUUCCUGUCCUAUCGCGCCUUCAGCCCUUUGACUUUUGGCAGCCCGGAGUUGUCGGCCAAUCAGCUGCGAGCGCUCAAGUGGAGGAGCUCCUGGGACAUCCUAUACCGCCGCCGCUAGGCUCCUCCCCCUCCGUGACAUCACGCCUUGUGAGUGGACAGCACUUGGGAUCAUUUUAAGCCACAAUAAAAGCUCAAAGUCCAUUUUGAA